GCAUAAUAAUAGACAUCCUUCUUCCCCUAAACUUCUCUCUAAAACCCUAAAUCCCUUUUCCCCGUAGCUUCUGUCUUCCUCCUUGCCGCCCCAACCUUCGGCAGCUGUGUGAUACGGGAAACCUCCGUAUCAUCUGAUGCUUUCAUUGCUCGAUCUCAUGACGACUCCUGCGGAUAGCUCUCCACCGGUCUUGACUCUCAAAGACCUUAUGCAUGCCAUCAAUGAUAUUCAGAAAGAUUUGCAGUCCACAAAGGUUCGUGUCGCUGACUUAGCGUCCACAUCCGCCACUGACGGCCGCUCCAACUUCUAUCCUCCACCGACGGGCUGGCGACCUCCACCGUCGCGUAGUGCUGGUGGCUCUUCCGAAACCACCCCACGCAUGCGCGUCGAUGCUCCUCGAUUUUCCGGAGAGGAUCCUACGGGGUGGAUCUUCCGCAUUCAGAAAUAUUUUGACUACUUUAUGACUCCCGAUUCCGAAAGGCUGCACUUGGUCGCUAUGCUCAUCGAUCACCCGGCUUCAGAGUGGUCUAUUAUCAGGCCAAUAACAGUGGCGCCACAUGGGAUGAGUUCCUCGUUGCUGUGCAUCAAAGCUACUUUGGUUUCGAUGUUUGUGACGGGCCUUAAACAACCCAUCCAGCAUGAAGUCAACCUUCGGAACCCUACCACACUCCCGUCUGCAUUCGCCUUAGCCCGAGAAUUGGAGGCUUGUCAUGUUGAUGCAGCGACGGUUCUCUCACCAGGUUCUCGCCGUUCGUGGCCUCCACGUUCUCCUGCUGCCGGGGCCUCAUGCAUAUUGCCUACACCUCCCGCCACCACACGUUUGCCACUGGUCACUGCUCACUUCCCUGGUCUGUCCUCCCCAGCCCCUUUACCGGUGGUUCGUGUGUCCGCUGAGGAAAAGGCAGAGCGCAACAAGAAGGGUUUAUGCUGGUGCUGUGACGAAAAGUGGAUUCCGGGGCAUAAUUGUAAGCGACGCUUUCUUCUUCUCAUGAAGCCGAAUGCUACGGAUGGGGUUGAUCCCGGUCCACCAGAGGACUCCGCCCCCGUUGACGACCCUACCCUUAUCAAUAGUGAUAUUUCCAGUAUUCACUCCUUGGCGGGCAGCCCUAGCCCUCGAUCUCUGAAAAUCACUGGGUCGGUCCACAAUUUUGCAGUGCAGGUCUUGUUGGACAGUGGGAGCACCCACAACUUUGUUCAUCCCACAGUGGCCGAACGACUAGCCUUGGUGUUGCAUCCCGUUCCGCCCUUCCGGGUCUAUGUGGGUAAUGGGGACUCCUUGCGCUGCUCUUAUUCUUGUCCACGCACCCCGCUGAUGCUCCACGACCAUCUUUUUGACAUUGAUUUAUUUCUUUUGGAGAUCCAUGGCCCGGAUAUGGUUUUGGGCGUGCAAUGGCUUCAGACGCUUGGCAAGGUUUCCCACGAUUAUGCGAAUAUGACAAUGGAGUUCAUGUGGAAGGGCAAGCCAGUGACCCUACGGGGGGAUGCCCCUGGGCCGAAACCAAUUUCCUUCAGUCAAUUGUGUUUGUUGGCAGGUGACGCCUCUGCCUAUGAUCUUUUACGAGUGCAGUGUGGUGAGCUUAACGUCAUCUCACUGAAGCAUGUCAUCCACCUGCAGUGUGGUGAGCUUAACGUCAUCUCACUGAAGCAUGUCAUCCACCGUAAGGAGAAUGCCGAGUUGAAGAAGGCUCGGAAUCUGCCACACCCGCAGUACACCCUGUUGGAUGCCGCCUUGUCCCCCAACGCAACCGUGGACGAAGCCCAAAGCCGGCUAACCGCCGACUUCACCUACACCCUCAAGGCCUACAACGACCCAAAGAUCAACAAAAACAAAACCAUUUUCUACGACGACGACAAUAAUAAUAAUUCAUCAUCGGCACUAGCGGCAGAGGUGACACUCUAUUAUCUGGUCGGGGUUAGCUACGGGAAGAACCAACACGGGAAGGCGCGGGUGGAGUUCGCGUCAGUGUCGUCGGCUAUGGUCGGGGGCGGCCCCUCCGCGCUGAGUCCCCUCGGCUCCGCCGUCUUCACCGUCAACGUUCACGUUCAGAGCCUGCCUCUUCCCUACCGAAACGACGACGCCGCCACCCGAACUACACCAUGAUCUUAAACGUGGAUUAUCAAGCUGGGUUUGAUGAUAGUAGUUAUCACAAGGUUUCGGUGAGUUGCGACGGUAUCAAAUGCACUUUUCCACUGGUUUGCAAGGUGGAGUACGACACUACAUGUACUUCGUUUCCUCUAACCAGGUCCGACAUCAUCAUCACUUCACACUCCCUCCUCUUAAUUACUUCUUUACGUACUUUCCUCGCUCAUUUGUUAAAAUAAUACUCUCUCCUAUAU